AUGCCGAGUGCGUCAUUGAUCCUACUGGGGAUCAUUACCCUCAUCGGCUACCUCAUAUACCAACGAUCAACCCCAAAGAACAGACUCAAACUUCCCCCUGGUCCUAAGCCAUUUCCGAUCGUCGGAAACAUCAAAGACUUCCCCCCAGAUGGCACCCCUGAAUAUCAGCACUGGCUUAAGCACAAGGACCUCUAUGGAGGGGUUAGCUCCGUGACUGUGAUGGGUAUGACGCUCGUCAUGAUCCACGACAAACAAGCGGCGCACGAACUGCUGGAGAAAUCGAACAAGACAGCUGGCCGACCGACCAUGAUUAUGGCCAAUAAGCUGUGUGGAUAUGAGUCAAUCGUCGUGUGUCAGCCUUACGAUUCAAAUUUCCGUCGCUGUCGCAGGCACCUACAUCAGGAGCUGGGUACCAAGGUGUCCGCCGCAACAUUUCGCGAUGUGCAAGAGAUUGAAGUAUAUCGACAGCUUAUCCGAUCGCUGAACGAGCCCACAAAAUGGCUGGAGCAUUUCAAGACUACAGCCGGAGCAACCGUGUUGAAAAUGGCAUAUGACUAUACCAUCGACCAUUCGAAGCCCGACCCAUUGGUUGACUUGACAGAACAAAUGAUGGCCGAAUUUUCCCUGGCUGCUAUGCCAAUGGCAUGGGCGGUGGAUAUUAUCCCUGCCCUGCGAUAUCUUCCUGAGAACUUCCCAGGUGCAACAUUCAAGAAGACAGCCCGGAAAUGGCGAAAGUCAAUCCAGGGCACAGCCUAUAUCCCAUAUCGAUUUGUCCAAAAUCAAAUGGCUUCCCUGAAUUUCGGUCCAUCAUACGUCUCAAAGCUUAUCGAGCAUCUCAAGGCAGAGAACAAUGCUACUUUGAAGAAGGAAGAUGAGCAAGCUGUGAUUUGGACUGCCGCAAGUCUGUAUGGCGCUGCAGCAGAUACUACGGUGAUUGCUCUCACUAUAUUCACGCUAGCUAUGGUCAUGUUUCCGGAGGCGCAACAGAAGGCCCAAGAGGAGAUCGAUCGUGUGGUUGGCACAGACUGUCUUCCCACCUUUGAAGAUCGCGAAAAGCUACCUUAUGUCGAUGGCUUGGUCCAAGAGACUUUAAGGUGGUGGCCCAUUGCCCCCAUGGGCUUCCCACAUACUGCAACUGAGGAUAUAGAAUACAACGGCAUGCUCAUUCCCAAGGGUGCAACUCUCCUCCCAGGAGCUUGGUGGUUCUUGCAUGACCCUGAAGUGUACUCAAAUCCAGAAUCAUUUGAGCCUGAACGUUUCACUGAGCCACGCAAUGAGCCAGAUCCCAAGACUGUGCUCUUUGGUUAUGGCCGCAGAAUUUGCCCUGGUCGAUUUUUCGCGGACAACAGUGUCUUCGUUAACAUUGUGCAAUCGUUGGCUACUUUCAAGAUUCGCAAGGCUGUAGACAGCGCUGGCAAAGAAAUUGAAGUGAAUGCUAAGCCGAAACCAGGUCUCCUCACUUAUCCUACGGAGUUCGAAUUCCAAGUCGAGCCGAGAAGCGAGAAGCAUAUACAGUUAAUCCGAAACCUUGAGCGACAGCAUCCUUUGGAAGCCAGUGAUGCUGAUCUAUUAGAGAGUGUGGAGGAUUUCCAGGCUGAUUAG